AUGCAGACGCUUCUUAACUUUUUCAGUAUUCUUCCAGCCCCCGAGUGGGCUCUUGAAGGUGUGGAGAAGCUCCACAAGUCAAUCGAGAUUGACACGCGCCCAGUGUUUACCUGGGUGCCCACGCCAUAUCGGCAUGAGGGCAACCGCCAGGAGAGAUGGCGCAUUGUCCAAGUUCAAGACACCGAGAAUUGCUUCUUGAUCCAGAAUAUGGCGUUUGGUGAGUAUUUGUAUGCAACGUUUCGGGGAAGACCCGAUCGCGAGCAGUCGAUGGUGAGCCUCUGCCGCCAAGAUUACCGGUUCGACGACGACGAAAAAGAAAUGUUUACUGGCAGCUGA